CGGAAGCGAGGGAGAGACUAUGCAAAGCCAUUGGUCGUUGCGUGGUAGAGCAGGGCGGAAAUACGCAGUGAAGCGAGUGGGUGGGGCUUCGGGAGAGAGAAGGCCAGCGCGCGGCCGAGCUGCCUUGGUGUCUGCGCGCGCUGCUGUGUAGUUGCCGACCUGGAUUUUUUUUUUUUUUUUUUUUUGCGGGGCGGGGUGCUUUUUUGUGUGUGUGAGUCCGAAAGGAAGGGCAGGGAUUGGUUGGUGGUGGUGGUUGUUGUUGUGCUGGUGGGUGACUGUCGCUGAGUGCUGCGCGCCGGCUGGUGCCGGUUCUUACCUCAGCUUGUGUCACGCGCCCGCUGCCUCGCUCCCUCCUUCCUCCGCAGGCGCCCUAGUUCCCUCAUUCGUUUUCCUUCGCUGGCUGGUGCGGACACGACCAUGGCGGAUCAGAACAACAGGGCCACAUUAAUAAGUGAAAUCAGGCAGCGUUUUGUGACAGAAUAUGUACCAGCAACAGCAGAUAAAUAUGAUUCCAGAGAUGUGGAGAGAUUGCAGCAAGAUGAUACCUGGGUUGAUAAUUUUCUAAUAUGGCGACAGGAUGUUGUGGAUGAUACACUGAAAAUGAUUGAUGAAAGCUUUCAGUGGAGGAAAGAGUAUGCUGUUCAUGAUUUGACUGAAUCUUCACUUCCAAAGGGGUUACUUGACGCUGGUGCCAUUUACCUACAUGGUUAUGAUAAGGAAGGCUAUAAAAUAUUUUGGUUCAAAGUGAAACUUCAUAUAAAAGAUUCUAAAACACAGUUUGAAAAGAAGAAACUAGUAGCCUUUUGGUUAGAGCGUUACGCCAGAAGAGAACAUGGGAAGCCCUUGACUGUGGUGUUUGACAUGUCUGAAACUGGACUAAGUCACAUAGAUUUUGACUUUGUCCGGUAUAUCAUCAACUGUUUUAAAAUGUAUUAUCCCAAUUAUCUCACAAAAAUUGUGAUCUUUGAACUGCCCUGGAUAAUGAAUGCUGCUUUUAAAAUUGUGAAAGGUUGGCUUGGUGCAGAUGCAGCAACUUUUCUGAAGUUGGCCAAUAGGAAUGAGGUCCAGGAGUACAUAAGUGCUGAAUACCUACCGCCCCAUAUGGGUGGAAAUGAUACAUUCAAAUACAGUUAUCCACCAUUGGUUGAUGAUGAUUUUCAAACUCCUUUAUGUGAAAAUGGACCUAUUACUGGUGAAGAUGAAACUGAAAACAAAGAAGAAAUAGAUGUGGAAAACAAGGAGGGUGCGGAUUCUAACGAAGAGCAAGUGAUCAGUUUAAAAAAGGUAAAUUUUGCAGAACAAAUUCCAAAACCAGAAGAGUGUGACAAACUAGAUUCCAAAGCAAAGAAUGCAAAGAAAGCACUAACCACUUUUAAAGGACCUUUAUUGCACAUCAGUCCAGCAGAAGAACUGCAUUUUGGGUCCAAAGAAACUGGAGAAAAGAAAUGCCUGAUAGUUCUGACAAAUGUGACUAAAAAUACAGUGGCAUUUAAGGUGAGAACAACUGCUCCUGACAAGUACAGAGUGAAGCCAAGCAACAGCAGCUGUGAGCCAGGCACAUCACUAGAUAUAAUAGUAUCCCUUCACGGUGGUUGUGCUGCUUCCCUGCAAGACCGGUUCCUGAUCAUGGCAGCAGAAAUGGAUCAGUGCUCUGGAACAGGCACACAAGAAUUGGCCCUCUUUUGGAAAGAAGUCCCCAGGAGCAAAGUGAUGGAACAUCGGUUAAGAUGUCAUGUUGUAGAAAGCAGCAAACCUUCUACUUUAACAAUAAAUGACAACACCUUUAAUAUUCCUGCAAAAACCAGUGGAGAUUUACAGUUGCAGCUAACACAGUUAUUGCAAGCUAAUAAAAGACUUCGAGAACGGAUUGAUCGCUGUGUCUGGUUCCAGCAACUGACUCUCUUGUUAGUGUUGCUAUUAGUUGUCAAUACUACCUUUUGUUACUACCUCUUGUACACUCAGAGGAGCUAAGUAGCCAUCAUACUCCGCCUAUGUAGUUUGUUGGAAAAGGCAGUGAACCAGAAGAGUUUAAAACUAUGGAACUACCAAACAUGAGAUCUGUAUGAGGUUCUUUGAAAACUGGAAGUCUUAAGAGUGUGAUCUAUGCCUUUAAUCAACAAGUAGGUUGACUUGUUUGGUAUGUAUUGCAUUGCAAGAAGGAAAAUGGGAUAUUAAAGAAGCCAUUUCCGCUGGACGACCUAAUAACUGUUACGGGGGUGGGGAGUUUGAACAUUCCCCCCCCCUUCAUUUGUCAUGCAGACAAGGACUUAGUUUUGUACAUAAAAUGUAAUUUCCUUUGGAAUGCAGCUACAAAGUAGGUAAUAUCAUAGAUUAGAUUUUCCUAUAUUUGUACAUAAAAAGUACAUAAUGGACACAUGAUCAUGCAGAUUGACACUGAAAAACUGAAUCCUAACAGUGAUGGUCUUUAUUCUUGUUCACAUUUUCUAGAAUUGUUACCUUAUGCCAAACAAUUUGCAUCCAAUAUGUAUCUUGUUGCCAUAUAUCCCAAAAGAUGCCUGCCAUCAUUCCAAAGAUAAUGGACGUUUUUACAAGAUUGCCAUAUUGAAUAUGCAUAAAAUGGCACCAUACACCAUGACCUCUGAAAAGAUUAUUAAAGUGGUAUUACAGAAGGCUGUAAUUCUAGGACAAGUAGACCACCAUAAUGACUCAUAGGCAGAUUUGAAAUAAUUGGUGUAAUUGUACAUGGUGUAACUCAUAUUUUGUUCUGAAAUACAUGCUGUCAGUCAUGAGCGAUGUGGAAGAAACAAGUUAGCUGGAUAACAUGGAAGGAUCACUAGGGACUGGUGGCACAUGCUGCUUCUUGAAAGUGUUUUAGUAGUGUUAUAAAGAAUGGAAAAAAUACUUGUCAUUCUGUGUAAGUAACUGUGCUCUGUUGUAUGAACACUUCUCUGAUCUUUGUCAACAUUUAACCUUUUUUCAAUCUGUCAAGUUGAGGCAAUGUAUGGUCCAAUAAAAGUUAUAUUUGGAAGUGCAAUCUUGAGGUCACUUCUGAGUCCUCCUUUCCACUGUAAAGAAUAAUCAGAAGUGUAAAUCUAUGUUGAUCUCUUUAUGCUAUACUAGCAUUUCUGCAUGCAGUUCUUUAUCUGUAAUCAUAUUGGUUGUAGAACACAGUGGCCAAUACUGAGAAUGAAUGUUGCACAUGCUGCCCUCAGAGUCAUAUUUUUUUCAGAAGGCAUAGAGGGUUGCAGUGGAAGCAGGGAAUCGACAAAAAUAUUUCCUCUCCCUUGUUCACGUACAAAAUGUUGUUCAGCUCAUGCAACAUUAGUCCAGAUGUCAGCCAGCAAAUGCAGGGACUUGAGAUUUUGUUUUUGUGUAAGAAAGACAGAAAUACUCUGUGCAUAGUCAUUUGUCAUUAAAUUCACAGGUGUUUCUUCUUUGGUAUGAGGGGGAAAUUCCUUGCAUACGGGAAGCUCAGCACAUAGAGUGAAGGUGCUGGAUUGCAGCCCUAACUACAGUGGAACUAAGUGCUCAUAACAGCACAGAAAUUUCAUUCCAAAGUGUUCCUUUUAUUUCCAUCACAGAAUGCCUCAACUUGAUAGUGCUGUUCACUCUUCUGGGCUGUUGGAUUUUUAAAAAUGGCUUAGUAAUGCUUUUUUGUUUGUUUUAAAGUUAGGCUACAGUCCAACAAAGUUAACCAUGCUUAAGCUCCAUUGAUUUUAGUAGGCUUAAGUGUUUGUUGUUGACUGUAUUGGAUUGUGGCCUUUAUGUGUAGAAGACUAUAUUGACUUGUCUUGACUCAGGCUAAAUGUGUUGGUGAUAGACCCAUCUAAAUAGACCCAGCUUUUACCAAAUGUUUGGUAAAGUCCCAAGCACUAGUGGGAGAUGAGGAAGUCUCUGUAUCUGCCCUUUUUGGCAGUGUCCUUUUUUAAAAAAAUAUUGAAAGUAUUUUGGUCAUUGUUAAUUGAUUAAUUUAUACACUUUUUAGAUGACAAUGCAGGGCAAUUUCAGUCAAAUUCAGUUACUAAUAUAUCAUUCCUAUAUAAAGUAUCUAUGGGAUUCCUUUAGUGCUCAUGGAUCUAUUCUGUAUUGGCUUAUGGUUGAUCACAAGAUUCUCAUUUUAAGCUAGAGGAAACCCACAAACAAAUAAAUAAGCAAAUGCAAAGCCAGAAGUAUUUAAAGUUGUUUCUCACAUCGGGCUUGAAAUGUUUCGCUUUCAAUAAACUCUUAACUGAAAUGUUCUAGUUCCUGGCCAACUCAUCUGUAAUUCAAACUAAUAUAGAAUCAUUCUAAUUUUAAAUCUAUUUUUAGAAAAUACUGAUCACUAAGUUUGACUGGAUUUAACUUUAUUGCACUUUAUUGAACAUUUUCAAAAUAUAUACAUAAAAUCUAUGCCAAUAAAUAUUAAUAUUCUGGUGCUUAAAUAUUUUCACUAUUUUAUUACUGUAUUCAUAUUUUAUUUGUAUAAUCAGAUAAUUUCUAUUUUAAUGUUAUAGAGAAAUAACUGCAUUUUGUGAAAUAAAUAAGAAAAACUAGUA